AUGUCAGAGCCAGUCUCGAUCCCCACGGCCUCAUGGUCGGCUUCGAUUUCGGCCGCCCAGAAUCAUAGCAACGGGCGCCGCUCGUCUCCUCGCUCUCUGCGCUCAGUCUCCUCCACCAACUCGCCUCCCCCAAACCUUGAUACCGAUUCUCUCGCUCUCCUCUCCCAAUUCAGAUCUCAAAAGGCCAAGCAGCAGGCCAAGUUUGCGCGGCUAGAAGCAAAGGCAAAACGCGAGGAACAGGCGCGCAAGAAUGGCGGGAAGGUGAACGAGGACGAGGACGAGGACGAUGAGGAGCAAGGCUUCGCGGAGAGUGAGGCAUGGGGCGAUCUGGAAAGACUGGCCAAGAUUGAGGCAGGAGAGGUACUGAGUGACGACGAAGGGCCGAGUGAAAUGACAGAUGGAGGCAAUGACGAUGACAAUGAUGAAGAUGGCAUCAUGACGGUGGACGGUUGGCGCUCGUUGGUCUCAGAGGACUAUCAACAAAGUCAAUUCUGGUAUUCAUCGCCAUUCGCCUAUUCAUUAGCCCGUGUCAUCUACGCCAGACUGCAACGUCUCGCCUCUCUGCUGGGUCGAACUCCGCGAAUCGCCUUCGUCUGCUCGCCCACGGCCUUCGUCGCUUUUCAGGAUCUCUACGGCGAGCGCUCCACCUCCUCCGCCAGCAACCACAGCAACGAUGCCGCCGCAUCAGUACGCCGCUGGAAGAGUGGCCGCGACAUGUGGCUCUUGGAGAUCGAUGAACGCUUCGCCAUUGCCGCCCGCCACGGCGGCUUUGUUCGAUACGACUUCAACGUACCUCUCAAAGGGCUCGCUCCGCUGGUCGAAGAGGGGCAGCAAGGUGUAGACAUGGUGGUGAUCGACCCGCCCUUCCUCAAUGAGAAGACGACGGAUCGCGUUGCAACGUCGGUGCAUCACCUUUUGAAGGCGUCACCGCUUUCUGGGAAAGGAGAGGCCUCGAUACUGCUGUUGACGGGUGACAGUAUCAGCGGGUAUGCGCGACAGGUGUACCCUCUGUCUGCGCCGAGUGGGGAGAAGGGCAAGCCAUUGCAGCGUACGCCGCUUGUUGUCGAGCACGAGGGCGGCAGGUUGAGCAAUGAGUUUGGAGCCUGGUGUAACUGGCAAUGGGAGAGUCAAGGGGCGGAGGAAUGA